GCGGGCUUCCGGGCCCGACCGCCGCGACCCCAGCUCUGCAGGCCCAGCGCGGGACACGGAUAGCUAGCGAGCCAGAGAAAUAUAGUGGAAAAUGCAAAACAACGAAAUUAUAAAGCCUGCCAAAUACUUCUCGGAGUUGGAAAAGAGCAUCUUGCUUGCUUUAGUAGAAAAGUACAAAUAUGUGCUGGAGUGUAAGAAAAGCGAUGCCCGAACUAUUGCCCUCAAACAACGUACCUGGCAGGCGCUUGCCCAUGAAUACAACUCCCAGCCCAGCGUCUCUCUGCGGGAUUUCAAACAGCUAAAGAAGUGCUGGGAGAACAUCAAGGCUAGGACCAAAAAAAUUAUGGCUCAUGAGAGGAGAGAGAAAGUGAAGCGGAGUGUGAGCCCACUGCUCAGCAGCCACGUUCUGGGGAAGGAGAAGAUCAGCACCAUGCUGCCUGAGCAACUGUACUUCCUACAGAGCCCGCCGGAGGAGGAGCCCGAGUACCACCCUGACACCCCAGCCCAAGAAUCAUUUGCUGUUUCAAAUAGAGAACUGUGCGAUGAUGAGAAAGAGUUCAUACAUUUUCCAGUAUGUGAGGGGACUUCUCAACCUGAACCCUCGUGUUCAGCUGUCAGAAUAACAGCCAAUAAAAACUACAGGAGCAAAACCUCUCAGGAAGGUGCUUUAAAAAAGAUGCAUGAGGAAGAACACCAUCAACAAAUGUCCAUCUUACAACUGCAGCUGAUACAAAUGAAUGAGGUGCAUGUGGCCAAAAUCCAGCAGAUAGAGCGAGAGUGUGAGAUGGCAGAGGAAGAGCAUAGGAUAAAAAUGGAAGUUCUCAAUAAAAAGAAGAUGUAUUGGGAAAGAAAACUACAGACUUUUACCAAGGAAUGGCCUGUUUCUUCAUUUAACCGGCCCUUUCCCAAUUCACCCUAAGACUUUGGGAAUGACUACCUUGUAAUUAAUCUGUGUUGGAAAUGAAAAGUUUGGAAUAUGAACUUGCGGUCAGUAACUUGUAACUGAGCUACAACUAGGAAACUUAGAGUGGUAGUAGUCACUUAUUUAAGAAUACAUUCAGGUAAAACAGCUGUACCUUGUGUCCCCUUCCAGGGAUAAAGAAGCUGUUAUACUCUUCUGAAAAUUAUCACGAUGAGUGCUAUAAUUCUGAAUGUAAUGUCUCUUAAUUAGAAUUCAUGUAAGAACCAUGUGUGAGUGUUGUAGGUUUUUUUUUUUUAAUCAAAUGCAAGUGUGACUAUAAAGGAGUGUGGCUGAUUUUUUUUUUUUUCUUUCUAAGUAGUCAUUUUCUAUCCAAAUCAAUGCCCUCCCAUUGAAAAUGGCUGUCCUGACAGCCACAUAUCUCUACAAGGGAGAAGCCAUUGCUCUCAAAAUGUGCUGGAGGCCUUUGGGGUAUCUCUGAGAGAGCUACGGCCCCUUGUUCCCUUCUUCAGGACCAUCCUCUGGAGUGUGGAUUUUCUGUCCCUAAACAGCAUCUGGAAGGGUAUUUUCCAAAGUGUCUCAUAAAACUGCCUUUUAAGGCCUCCCCCCCCAAGAGGAAUUCCAAGUAAGGUCUCCAACCAUGGUAGUUUCGUUGGAACUAAGACUGUAAUAAGAGGGUUUAAUGUUCAUUUAGAUUUCUACCUUCUGUUAUAUUUGUUUUAUUAAAGAAAAGUCUUGUAAUUUUAUAGUCA